AUGCUUCUCCUCCUGGUUCUCCCGGGCGUGGCAGCAAUAAACGACCCUCUGACAGAUUUAGAGAACAUUGCUGGAAAGCUGGUUUUCUAUCAAAUGGACGGUAAUGCCACGUAUGUGAGAGACUCAGGAGAGCUGGCCUCAGAUGUUCCCACAGAGACCAUGUUUGAACUCUUCGAUCCCCAAAGGAACUACAGCUCAGCAAAGUUCACUUACACCUGGGACUUAGGGAAUGGCGAAGUGAUCCAAGGCACUGAGCCGGUUGUCCGCUAUCAUUAUUCAGCAUCAGGAAACUACACACUGAAGCUGAAAGUAAAAUACGCUCCUGCAGUCACUGGGGUCUACUCCACGGAUGUUAAAGUGCUUGAUGCCAUCAAACACAUCGAACUGAAGGGGCCGUCAGAUUACGAGGUGUCUCAGAACACCAGUCUGGCUUUUCACGUUGAUGGAAGUCCUCCCAUGUGGGUGUGCUGGCGUUUCCUCCCCAACUGCGUGCCGGACACGACGGGCGGCUGCACGCUGACGAUGCUCUACGAGAACACCCUGAGACUGAACCACACCUUCACCUCCACCGGCGUCCACUGUCUGGACAUCAGCGUCCGCAACGACAUCAGCAAGCUGCAGUCCUCCUUCAGCCUCUACGUCAGGAGAAGCAGUGAGUGAUCUGUUUUCUUCAUCCUGUCGUGUGCUGCCGUUCUUGUGGCCACUUUCUCCUUCAUCACCGUCAUCGCCUGCCGUCCUCGACAUCACAGCAGAUCACAGGUACAUAAAGGACUCAAUGUGUUCAGAACCACAUGCUGA